AUGGCCCCGUUGAAAAUAAAAGAAAAUGUCAAAGAUCAGAGAGGAGCACAUUUCCAUAAUGAACGAGCGCGUCCUAUUGGUUUGACUUCUCCAUCUAACGACCGCAGCAGUCAGCAAACCGUUGACUCCGACCAUUAUAAGUACCAAACCUUCCCAUUUCGACAUUCCCAUAACCAAACCAAACAUCAUUGGAUCUAUCCCCUUAACAUGAGAAACAUCCUCCUAACGAUUGCCCUGGUCGGGUUCCUAGCCGGAGCACUGUCCAGUAGGGCGGCAGCCCAGAACUGUGGCUGCGCCUCAGACCAGUGCUGCAGCCAGUGGGGAUACUGUGGCACCGGGAAUGACUACUGUGGCACGGGAUGCAAGUCCGGGCCGUGCUAUGCUGCUCCUGCGACUAACACUGUGUCGGUUCCCGAUAUAGUCACCGAUGAGUUCUUCAAUGGGAUAAUCGCACAGGCAGCUGACAGCUGUGUCGGGAAGAGCUUCUACUCGAGGCAGGCGUUUCUGGAUGCUCUGGAGAGUUACCCUCAGUUCGGCAGGACGGGGUCAGUGGAUGAUUCCAAGCGUGAGAUCGCUGCUUUCUUCGGUCAGGUCACACAUGAGACUGGACAUUUCUGUUACAUCGAGGAGAUAGACGGUCCGUCCAAGGACUACUGCGACGAGAAUAACACACAGUACCCCUGCAACCCCAGCAAGGGCUACUAUGGACGGGGACCCAUCCAAUUGUCCUGGAACUUCAACUACGGGCCUGCUGGGGAGAGCAUCGGGUUUGACGGGCUCAAUGCCCCGGAGAAGGUCGCGGAUGACCCUGUGAUAUCCUUUAGGACGGCAUUGUGGUACUGGAUGGAGCACGUCCACUCUGUAUUAGGCCGAGGGUUUGGAGCCACGAUUAGGGCAAUAAACGGGGCCCUUGAGUGCGAUGGUAAGAACCCGGAAACUGUUCAACGCCGGGUCGGGUAUUACACUCAGUACUGUCAACAACUUGGUGUUGAUCCUGGGGACAAUCUCACUUGCUAAGCUUCUUUUUAUUAUCUAAAAUCUCUGAUCUUUGCUUUUGCUUUAGAAAUAAUGAAUAAUGAAUUAAUCGGCUGCUGGAAGCUGUGAUAAGACCUUCUAUCAGACUCGAUUUGUAAUAAUUAUAUUUUGCUUCAUCGGCCUUUAGCCAACAAUAAUUUUUCAAUGCUCAUUCAGUAGAAAUUUUCUAUA